GAUUUAGUGCGUUCGCGAAGACGUGUGGCGAGUUUGGAUUCUCCAUUCAAAUAAAGACCAAUCCACAAGAUGUCGACUGCUACCAUUCGUACGCGUCGUUUCAUGACCAAUCGGCUACUGUGCCGAAAGCAGAUGAUCUGUGACGUGCUGCACCCCGGUCUGGCGUCGGUUCCUAAGAAGGAGAUCCGUGAGAAGCUGGCCGGCAUGUACAAAACGACGUCCGACGUCGUGUUCGUGUUCGGUUUCCGCACCAACUUUGGCGGUGGCAAGUCGACCGGUUUCGCCCUGAUCUACGAUACCCUCGACUACGCCAAGAAGUUCGAACCGAAGCACCGUCUCGGCCGCCACGGUCUGUACGAGAAGAAGAAGAUGACCCGCAAGCAGCGCAAGGAACGCAAGAACCGUAUGAAGAAGGUGCGAGGCACCAAGAAGGCGAAGGUUGGCCAGGCCGUGAAGAAGUAAGCUUCUCAGGGGCCCGCCGGUUGCCAUUGUUCGUGGUUCCCGUUUUAAGUUUAUGUGUUUUCUCUCGUGCUGAGGAAAGGAAAUAUAAGCAACAUCGAUACAAUGUAAGGAGAAACCAUA